GCAACUCAAAUGUCAAAAAUGGGAGUGAAAACUCAGAAGAAAACAAUGUGAAAUUGCCGAUUUUUUCAUUCUGAGAAUGAAAAAUAUCCGCGAUAUGACAGUGUAAAAUCAUCGCCGACAUGUUUACUAAGAAAUCCCAUCAAGAUGUUAAGAAAUCUUCAGUUAAAAUACAGGAUUCCAAGAAGGACUCUGCCACCAGGCUAAAGCAUCUGAAAAUUGUACUUGAGCACUAUGAUGCUGAUGAGGCUAAAAAUUACUUUGAAGCAAACUUCAGUCAUGUGUACUUCAUAUUGUAUGACAAUUUCAUACAAGCUGAAAACAAUCUACGCCAAAGAGAACUUCCGUUCCACCUUGUCCACAAAGCUGGGAGAGAAGAAUUAGAAGGGGCCCUCUCCCUUCUGGAAAAAGUAUUAUGUCUCCUACCAGAACUGAUUGGCAAGAGAUGGCAGUUGCACUCCCUGACGAGAAUCUUUUCGAAACUCCUCCAUAACGGCAAUUCGCAGAAAUUAAGAGCGGAGGCGAUAAGGUAUUUCCUGCUUUGGUAUCAAGCCCUCGGUGAUAAUGCUCCGCUGGAAGUGCACAAGAUGUUCGCGUCGCUGGUGCCAGGCUUGCCUGAGCCGAACAUGCAGGCGGGUGGGUCGCCGCACAAAUCGGGGAAGCCCUACGAAAUCAUCGCCAACCCCGCGCACGACGCCAGCAACUUCAGCAUGGAAGACAUUAUGCAACACCCCAACUUCACCGCAGAAACCGCCAAAAAAGUCGUUGUAGAACAAACACCCACAGGCAUUAUGGGCAAGAUAGCAAAUGUCUCGGCUUCCAUAUUCCACGACACCAAUGCACUGAACCCUGUGCAAAGCGUUGAGAUUCAACCGUUAUUACCUCCAAGCGGUAACGAAAAGUCUAUUGACAAUGAAACAAAGUAUUUUUUCGAGAUUUUACUUGAUGGCAUGGCGACGUCGGUGACUAAAAUCCACUGGAAGGACAGAUCUCACGCGAAAUCGAUGAGAUGUUUCGCGUUUUUGUUAGAAAAGUUCAAAAUGUAUUACCUCCCGGUAAUAUGUCCGCAGUUUAACCACAAGAACUCUUUAUAUAAGCCUAAUCUCGAACUGCCAGUCCAACACAACAUCCUUGACGACGACUACGUGGGGUGUCGGGUAACACUCAUCAAGUGGGUGGCGAGCUACGCCCACUAUAUGAAGAAACAGGGCAGCGACGGAGGCCAGCCCUCUUCCAUGACGAGCACAGGCUCGCACUUCCCCCACUCGGGCACGCCCACCCCUGCUGCCUCACUGCACCAUGAGGAAGAAACCUCCUUUACUGUGGGACACCCGUCUGACUCCAGCAGAGCUUCAUCGCAUGACUCCGCGAAUAAUACUCCGCAUCCUAGCUUGGAUUCAGGUGUGUACGAAGAGCUGUCGUCGGAGCUGGUGGUGCGCGACGUGCUGUGCAGCUGGUCGCGCGAGCAUGUGGAUUUCACCAUCGAGGUGCUGCGCCAGGCCUUUCUACUCCCCUACAGCCACGCUGCCGCUGCGCGCCGCGUCAUCGCGCUCUACAAGGAUUGGAUACAGAUGAACGUGUCGGAGGUGCCCCCGUUCCUAAUGGAGAACACGCUGGAGCAGCAGGCUGCGGGGACGGAGCCGGCCGCGCCGCCGCGGCGCCUACGCAACGACUCCUACCUCGGCGCCGUCACGCGGGACAACGUCAUCGUGCGCGCUGGAUUACAGAACGUUCUCCAAGUGUUCAUGACGCAAGCGGCGAACGUGUUCCUGGCGACGCCUUCGCCGGUGGCGCCGCCUGGCGCGCUGAGCCAGCAACAACUGCUAGAAGAACAGACCGACACCUGCAAGCGAGUGCUCAACAUCUACCGCUACAUGGUCAUGCAUGUGGCCAUGGAUGCGAACUCCUGGGAGCAACUUCUACUAGUACUACUGCAAAUUACUUCAUUGGUGUUAACAAAAGUACCUCCGAAGAGGAAACAGGAAACACUUGGUGGCUUCCUAGCGCCGGCGCUAUUCCAGACGCUGAUAGUGACGUGGAUCAAGGCGAACCUGAACGUGGCGGUGAAGCCCGAGCUGUGGCAGAGCUUCAUGGAGCUGCUCACGCGGCUUACGCACUGGGAAGAUCUCAUCAAGGAGUGGGCGAAAACAAUGGAAACGCUGACGCGCGUGCUGGCGCGGCACGUGUACUCGCUGGACCUGACGGAGGCGCCGGCGGCGGGCGCGGGCGCCGGGCGGCGCCGCCACGCGCCCGCGCCCGCGCCCCCGCCGCGCGCGCCUCCCGCCGUGCCCGCGCCGCCGCAGCCCGCUGCGCAUGCGCGCACGCCCGGUAAAUCCCCCAAGUGCGGCGCGGAGGCGGCCCCGCGCAAGGAGGGCGGCGCGCGCGCGCCGCUGGCGCGCAGCCGCAGCGACCCGCACCUCGGCAAGCCUGCGCACGCGCACGCAGAGGAAGCCAAAGAGCAGGACAGCGAUAAGCCGCGGCGGUGGUACUCGCUGGACUCGCUGAGGAACUCCUCUCAUCAUGAGGAACGCGACUCCACUAGCGGGUCUCGGUCACCGUCUCCGGCGCCAUCGAGCGGCGUGGAGAGCAACUCGAUCAAGGACUCGCCGCUGCAGAUCGACCUGGGCUCCGACGGCGGGAAUGUUGAAUGGUCCGAGAACGACGGCGAUGCGGGGCGCGGCGGCGGCGGCGCGGGCGGGGCGGCGGGCGCCGAGGCGGGCGUGGGCGUGGUGCUGGGCGGGCGCGCGCGCGGCUGGCUGCCGGCCGUGGCCGCCGUGCUGUGGCGCCGCAUGCUGGCCGCGCUGGGGGACCCCAACCUGCUGCGCGAGCCGCACGCGCACCAGCACCUCUACAACUACCUCAUACACCUCAACCAGACGCUGCUCAAGAUAAGUGCGAACCAGACCCUAAAUGGAAACACGGAGAUCCAUGUGCCGUUCAACCUGGUGGCGGGAUGGUGCCUCGAAGCCGAAGCCUUGCCACAGUCGCACCGAGCCGGCAAGCUGCUGGCGCUGCGGCUGCUGUGCGAGUCGACGCAGGCGCAGGGCCCGGGCGCGCCUUCUUCCUGCAACAACCGGCUGCACCUUGCGCAUUUGCACCUCUACCAGCGAGCGUUGCAUCAUGGUCUAACAGGCGAAGACCGGUCGGUGGUAGAUGUCCUGGUGGAGCACGCGGCGCCGCGGUACCUGUGGCUGGCGCCGGAGGGGUACUCGCUGCUGCUGCUCGACUUCGUGCACGCCUCCACAGUCGUGCUCAACUCCGCCGACAUGGGGCCCUCGUGUCCUCGGACAGCGGCGGUGACGUUCCUGGGCUCGCUGCUGGCGCUGCCCGACGGGCUGAUGAACGCGCCCAUGCUGCAGCCCUACCCUCACCAGUAUAACACCGUCUCUUGUCCCGAUCUCAAGGAGCACGUGCUGAACAUAGUGGUCCGCGUGUGCCGGCGCGAGGGCGCGGCGGCGGCGCGCUGCGCAGGCGCGUGCGCGCUGGCGGCGCACGUGGCGCACCUGCUGGCCACGCGCGCAAGGGCCGAGCGCCUGCCCGCCUACGUCACCUGCCUGCUGCAGAUGCUUAUGAUGAAAAACAAAAACAUUGCCAAAGUAGUGAGCGACGCGAUACUGGUUCUAGCGGACUACACAGAUCGGAUCGUAGAAUUAUAUCCCGGUCUUGCAGGCAAAAUAAUAAAAUGGAUCUGCGCGUGUCUAGCACAAAUAUCGACGAGUAGCGCACGCGACUCGGUGAAGCCUCUCGCGGGGUCGCUGCUGCUCUGUCUCGCGGAGUUCGCCGUGCGCUGCGGGCCCGCUUACCUCAUGCAAGAGAAGGAUGGCGACCAGACGCUACUGCUUAUGAUAUUUAAGGUCCUGUAUGCGGUGAUGAGAGGCUCCAGCGGCGCCGACAUAGAAGGUCUCUCGCUCCCGGUGGACGAAGACUUCGACCCUCACAUACAGCUGGACAACCUCGGGCCGAAGACCACUCCUGCCUCCACCAUCGACGUCAAACUCUGGGCGCAAACGAUCUGCACACAACUAGUAGUAUUCUUAGGUCACUGGCCGCUAUGGAGCGGUUGCCAAGUGUCGGCGACAGUGCUGGAGCAGCACGACAGCGCGGUGGGCGAGGGCGGCGUGGUGACGGCGCCACACGUACAGCUGCUGCGGCUGUCGGAAACCACCCUCGCCUCCUUCGUGGAACUACCAGCGCUAAACCCCGCGGCCGCCGCUACCACGCCUGGUCUAGCAACAUCAGAUCGUCAAGUGCGAGUGUUGCUCCGUGAUAUAGCCGGCAAGGCGUGCUGGGAUGCUUCCGCGUUGUACUACGACCCUUCUGGUACCAGCGGCGAAACGCUGGAACCUUUGCCUUUGCCUGACUGCGAGGACAGUCCUCGAGACAACACGCUGUCGUCCCUGCCGCCGCCGCUGCCGCCCAACUUGCUGCCCGACUACAAGAACAACCCGCCCGAUAAACAUCAGCUCGACCAUGUGCUAGCAUACAUCGGGCACACGUCACCAGAAGUAGUGUGCGGCAGACGGUUGGACGAGGCCGGGCCGUCUCCGCUGCCGCCGGGCGCUGAGGACGAGCUGGUGGCCGCCCUAGUAGCACAUCGCAACGCUGAGCGGCACUACCUCGCCAACAAGGACAGUGAAGAAGAGCUAGAGCCUCUAGAGAGCGUAGGCACGGUGUCGCCGGCCCCGUUCGAGCAAUGUCGCCUGCUGCUGGCGCAGCUGGGCACGCUGGCGCCGGCGCGACGCACGCAUGCGCAGCUAUUGCGGCGCUCCGACCGCCUGCUACGCGACUUGAGGAAUUUGGACGCUAUGAGAUGUCGUGAGACGCACAAAGUGGCAGUGAUCUACGUGGGUAAAGGGCAGGAGACCAGGAACGAGAUCCUGUCCAACCGCUGCGGCAGUCCGGCUUACGAGGCGUUCCUCGCCGCGCUGGCGUGGGAGGUCGAGCUGGAGAGCCACGUAGGGUUCUCAGGAGGCCUGCGGUCGGGCGGCGGCGGCGGCACCAGCGCGCCAUACAUCGCUACUCUCACACUAGAAGCGUUGUUCCACGUGGCUACACGCAUGCCGGCUGAUACGCCUGACGCUAUUUUGAACAAGACCCGUCACUUGGGCAACGACGAGGUGCACGUGGUGUGGAGCGAGCACUGGCGGCCGUACAAGCGCGACACGCUGCCCACGCAGUUCUGCGACGUGCUCAUCGUGCUCUACCCGCUGCCGGGCGGGCUGCUGCGGUACACCGUCUCCAGGAAGCCUGACGUGGGCGUGUCGGGGCCGCUGUGGGAGCAGGGCGUGGCGCGCGUGGCGGGCGCGGCGGCGCUGGUGCGCGGCGCGGCCGUGGCGGGCGGGCGCUGCGUGCGCGCCACCAUGCCGCUGUACCAGCACGCCUACUCCGAGCGCGCGCGCACGCUGCACGCGCUCGUGGCGCUGCACACGCAGCCCACCACCUUCGAGACCUUCGUGGAGCGCGUGCGCGAGCCCGUGCCGCCGCCGCACCAACCCCCACCCCCAGAGCAAGGCACCGGUCGGCUCGCGGCCGCGCUCCUCGAUCACGGCGCGAACACGUGGAGCGUCAGCAACGAGACGCACUCGGUGUCGCCGCGGCCCGCCAAGCGCCUGGGCCCGUUCAAGCGGCCCGUGGCCACGCCCGCGGGCCCGCACACGGCGCCGCCGCUCACGGGCCCGCCCGCGCCCGUGCCGCGCCGCAACCGGUGAGCUCACGCGGCGCUCCAAACUAGGCUAAGUGUUUUGACGUAACAGUUACUAUCGGAUGAUAUUGUAGGGUUGCACUCGAAUCGGAGUAGCGUCCGAAAUUUUCGAACGGAUUAAUUGACGACUGUACAUAUCACCUGACGGUAACCAUCAGAUUUUCAAUAUUUAUUUUUGUAGAGGAAUAUGAAUAGUUUGGAUUCCGAAAAGUAUUAAAGCUAAGAUAAGGUAAAGCUAUUUGCUGAAUUGUAUCGUGGUGCGUAAUAUUAAUUAACUUAGGAAAUAAUGGAAAAGUGUUGUUAUGCUUAUUGUGUUAACAUGUUUAACAUAAACAUAGUUGGGUUAUUUAUAUUUCGUAUAAAUAUAAAGACUCGACCAGUACACAGGGUGUCACAAGUAAAAGUGCGAAGCGCACACAAAUUUGCGUAGUGGCUAACGUCUCAUUUGGAACUGGAUGCCCUAUUUAUUUUUUACAGUUUUAGUAUUUUUAGGUUUGCUUAGUAUUUUUUACUAAAAUACUUUCGUGGAUCCACUGUUAAUAUUAUUAAAUUUGUUGAUUUUUAUCAAAAAGGAUUUGAAAACAUAUGUAUUACAAGUCACAUAGUCAUAUGAUUUGAUUCGUCCAUUUUGAGAUUGUUAAAACUACGGACUUAACUUUCAUGUACUUAACUAUAUUUAUAACGAGUAGGCUUUUUACUGUAGUGUCUUGCAUUUGAACUGUAAUGUUAAAAGUUUGCUAAAUAUUGGAAAAUGAACCGCUUGUUGAUGAUGUGCCAGUUUCAUAUUGUGUCAUCAUUCCAAUAGUUUGUUCAAUAUUACAAUUGUUACUUUUUGAUUUAUUUUGUUAUUUAAACCUGUUAUAGAUAACUAAAUCCGACAUAACGCUUUGAAAGUUGAUCCAUAAAUUGUUAAGAUAACAAAUGAUGCUGAUGGCUAUUCCAACGAUAUAAUAUUUAACUAACAUUUAACAUUGCAUUGAUGUCUCUGUACAUAUGUAAACUAGUUGUAGAGCUUUAACUGUUGUAGGUUUCCAUUUUUUAACGUUUAAAUAAUUGUAAUAUUUAUUUGCACUUGAAAUUGAGAUAUUGUUUGAUAUAAAGUGCGACAUCUGUACACCUGGUGUCGGCGUGGAAAGUAACUCCUCCAAUCUAAUGCAUUGAUGGUUUAAAUACUCCCAGCGUGUUUAUUGAUUUGUAUAAAUUAUAUUUUUCAAGUAGUUUAGAAUCAUUGGUGCUUAUAAAAGAAAAUUAAAGUGGACAUUCCAACAAGGCUAUAUUUGGUGACAAAAUUCUCAAACACGACAACAACUCAAACAAAUGAUAGAGAUUAUGUAGCAAAUUUUAAUUUAUUUUAGCGUACAUUGCUUGCAUUUAAUUUAAUUUUAAUAAUGCUCGACUAAUUUUAUGCAUUCCAUUCAAAUAUUGUUAAUGAAUCUGUAUUGUUUCUCAGUAUAGUUUAAUUUACUUACAGUAUAUUUAUUGAAAUUUAAUUUUCCACAUUAUUAUUAAAUCAGUAUUUUUAUAGAUGUUAAGACUGACACAAGAUUAUGUAUUAAAAUCACUAAGUAUUAAAUUUGUUAAUCAUACUUUUAAAUGUGGUGGUAUUAUAAUUUAUUUCAGCUAAUUUAUUAAAAAUAUUUUUGUUUUAGCCCCAUUACAACAACAUGGCUUCAAGAGUUGUCACUUAUAAUAUUAUAAGCAAAUACAUUAACCCACAGACAUUAAUGUAACCAAAUUUUUAUAUUAAAAGCAAUUAAAAAUAAAGUUUUAUUAAACUUU